UAUUUAUUGUUAUCUAGAAGUAUAAGAGUAUUUUAUAUACUUGUAAAUAUACUUCACUGUUUUCGACCAAUAUCAAAUUUUAAAUUGUGCAUGAUAUUUAAUUUCAAAUCAGUGAAUAGUAUUGUUUAACUUCUUUUACGUUUAUAAGAAAGUAUCAUCAUUUAGUGAGAAACAUAAAUACAAUCCUUUUCUUCCUUUAUUUAUGUUUUACCUUCACUGUCAGACUUGAUUAAAUCACAAGUACCAAAUGCAACAUGGCGAAGUGAAGCUAACUUUCUGCGAUAACCUCAAUCUUCCAUACAGUGGUUUACUGUAUCGGUGUAGAAAAUGUAAUGUCAGUUGUUUUUUGAGAAAUGUUUUAUUGUUUCUUCUUAUCAUCAGAUUCAUGUGAUCAUACACUGUUAUACGAUUGAUUAUGGCUUCUAAUAUUAAUAUCGAAUUAUUAGCAGACAAAUCUGAAAAAGAUUCACCAACGGAAAAUGAAGAAAAUAUUGAAAAUUCAACUAUUCAAGAGAACAAAACAAAUAGUGAAGCAAAUGAAAUAUCAGAAGAGUUGUUAAAUACUGAAGCAAAAGGAGAAGUCAAUCAGACUUGUGAAAAGAGUGAAACUGUGGUUGACACAGCUAAUGAAAUACAACAGAAAUUAUGUGAUGAAAGCAUAGACAAUAGAGAAACAUCAAAUACCAAAUCAUGUAAAGAAAACCUUUUAAAUAAAGAUAAAUUAAAAGAAAAUAGUUUAAAUUUAAAUGAAAACAAUGCAAAUGUACCAUCAACAGUUUACGAUAGUGCACAGUCAGAUGGUUUAUGUGAAAAUAAUACAAAAACUGUUUUACAAGAAGAUAAAUCCAAAGCAAUAUCAACAAUAUCAAAUGUCAUGGACAGUAAUGAAACAAUUGAUGUAACAAAUAAUCCUAACACAGUAGAAAAUACAGAAUCUCAAAAAGAUUUGGUAGAUGUGCCAGGGAAUGAAAAAAUCCAGAAUUCAACAAGUAGUGAGAUAGAUAAUACAUGUAAAUUAAACUUAGAAGAGAAAGAGAUUGCUGGCAAUGUCAUAGAUGAUUCUCGUACAGAAGAAAUACAAUUAUCUACUAAUGAAAGAAAUGACUUAGGUAAUAAAAAGACUGAUUCAGAAGGAACAUCCGAAGAAUGUGACAAAAAUGUAUCAGAGAAAAAUAUAAUAGAACCUGAGAAUACAGAAUUUGUACAAUUCUCCCAAGAGAAACAUGGAGAUGCACAAAUUGAAAUUCAAUCUAUAGAUGCAGAAGAUCCUUUUGGUGGAGACAAUCUGAAUGCUGAAAAUGUUGAACCAGUAGACACAGAUGAUCUCAAUGAAACGGAAGUAGAUUUUUCUAAAUUGUGUACUCAAGCUGACAAUCUACAGGAUAUUGUAAUUGCUGGAGAAGACAAUUUUAAUGCUAGUAAUAAAGACAAUGAAGAAAAUAAAGAUAUUAGUACAGUGGAAUCUUCAACUACAACUCAAGAACUCGAAAAGAAUUGUGCAGAUUCGUCUGAGAUAGAAGGAAGUGAAAAUUUAAAUAAAACAGAAGUUGCAGAUGCGGCAAAGGAAUGUAAUGAUAGAACAGAAAAACCUCUUCAUGAAGUAACUUCAAUAGAAACCGAAGAAGAACAGUCAAAUGUUUUACCAGGACAAGAUGAUGAGUUAUGUAUUAUUCCAGACAGUAUGAAAGUGAUAAUUCCUGGACAGACAGACAAGCCUAAUGUUAACAGUAAUACACCUCCUUGUGAAAUUAAUUCUGAUCAUAAUGAAGUUCCAAAAGUUUCUGAAGAUAAUACAUCAAAUACUGAUAGUAGUAAAGAUCUACAACAAAAUGUAAAUGAAUUGAAAAAUAGAGACGAGAAUAAUGCAAAAGCUAUUGAAGGUAUUCAGGUAGCGAAAGAUUCGAUUAGCAGUUUCACAACUCCAGCUGCAGAUGUUAUUAAUAUUGAUGAGGAGUCAAAGAACUCUGAAAUUGAAGAAGUCACGAGUAAAGACAUCUGUAAACAGUGUAGAGAAGAAAGGUCAUGUAAGAUUAAAGUUAAAAUUGGUCUUGAUACUUACAAUGUUUGUUCUAAAACUUGUAAGGCUUUAUUCAAAGCUGCCAAUAAUAGAUCUGUAGAUAUUCCCAGUGAUGGGGUUAAUUCAAAACGAGAGAAACGUUGUGCAAAUUGUUUGCUAAUCGUUGAAUUAGGUGAUGAACGUAAUCUCUCUUGGGAGACAAUGGAAUUUUGUAAUGAAGAAUGUUUAGGCAAAUUCCAGACGAAGUAUGGAAGUUACUGUAGAAAUUGCAAUGGUUCGGUGCAGGCAGUGAGUUUAGGCAAAUAUUGUGUACGAUUCGGUUAUGAUGUUAGACAGUUUUGUUGUUCUACUUGUUUAGAAGAAUUCAAAAAAGGAUUGAAAGUAUGCACAUAUUGUCAGAAAGACAUAAGUUCUAGUGCUGAGGGUUUUCUUGCACCUGUAGGUGAUAAGGGACAAUUUAAAGACUUUUGUACACAAGAUUGUAUGGAAAAAUAUUCAAAAAUGAGUUCCGUUGAACCUCCAGUCAUCGAAACAAAAUGUUGCAGUGUUUGCCAAGAAGAGAAGUACGUUCAUUGUGAGGUUCAAAUAGAUAGAUCCGGUCCAGUAGCUAUUUGCAGUGAACCUUGUUUCGCAGCAUUCAAAUUUGUAAAAAAAGUUGACCCUGAUCAAUGUUCUACUUGCAAAAAAUUUUUUGAACUACCUCAUAAGAAAAGUUCUGUUGUGUUUUAUGAAAAUGAAGCUCACACGUUUUGUUCUAAGACUUGCUUAAAUAUAUUUAUUAUUACAAACAGAAAAAUUGUUCCAUGCAAUUGGUGUAAGGUAAAAAAGUACAAUUUCGACAUGAUCAAAAAGGAGUUAAAAACAGGACAAGUAAUGAUGAUGUGCAGCUUAAAUUGUUUGACGUUGUAUCAGGUCUCGAUCAAUGCAGUGUCAGCUAAAAGAAUAAAUUGUGACUUCUGUAGAGAAUUUUCUCAAGCACAAUAUCAUUUGACAAUGUCAGACGCUACAAUACGAAACUUUUGUUCGUAUAGUUGUGUGAUGAAUUUUCAAGCUCAAUAUACGAAAUCGCCAAUAACGAUACCAACGGGCGACGACCCCGUGCCUACUGGUAUGCCUAAAAGGUCAUUACCUCAGAGAAGCACGAUCUCGACUAAUCAGAAAACUAAUGAUCUACAGAACAAAAAGAACAUGCCAGUUAUUUCUUCUGUAACAAGUCUAGCCGCAAUAGCAAACGGGCAAGCUAGUCCAACAACGCAACAAAAUAGUGUAAAUGUAAAUAAUAUGGUGAUACCUUCAGUUGCUAUUGGUCAAAAUCAGGCACCUCAAGUAAUUUAUAAGCAACACAUUAUAACGAGACCUCCAAGUCCGGCCCAAGUACACAAUAAAACUACUCAGUGUAAGCCAUUAAUGCAUACAAAGGGAGUUUCCGUGCGUCCACAUCCUUGUACAAAAUCCACGCAAACGGAUGGAGUCCAACAAGCGGUUAUUCCCAUACCUGUACCAAUUUAUGUUCCAUAUCCGAUGCAUAUGUAUAGUAUGCCUUUUCCGGUUCCACUACCAUUCCCAUUGCCAAUUCCUGUUCCUAUUUUUAUACCUACAACAAGAAAUAGCGCUAAAGGCAUACUUAAAGAUAUUAAAAGAAUACAAGAAAAAAUACCUGCAGAUCCGUUUGAAGCUGAACUUCUUAUGAUGGCAGAGAUGGUAGCAACAGAGAAAAAAGCUAACGAGAGUGAUUCAGAUUCUGCGGAUGAAAGAGAUGAAGAAACUGGUGAUCGUGAUCAAUCUCAUAGUGGAGGUUUUAGUCCUGAAGGGGUUGACUCUAGUAAUACUUUUGGUGAUGAUAUGUUACAAAUGGCUCUAAAAAUGGCAACUGGAGAAUUAGAUGAACCUGCAGUUGAUUUGGAAGCUGCUUUAACUCCAAACACAAUUACAGCUACGCAAACGUCAACACAAUCUGAGACAACUAUGGAAAGCGAUGUCCAAACUGAGCGACUUAUGGUUAGUUCUCGCGGAAGAAAACGAAUGGCUCCAUAUAAGCCAAGAUCUACCCCAAAUAAACGAGGGAGACGUGUAUCUACAACGAACGAUAUGCCUUUGAUGCCGCCUCCUGAACCUCAACCACCACCUCAACCAAGGAUUAUAGAACCUAUGGAAAAACCAGAUGCCAACAUGGCGUUAAAAUAUACAUUCGGAGUAAACGCUUGGAGGCAAUGGGUAGUUACAAAGAAUGCUGAACUAGAAAAACAAAGUACACCGACGAGGAAAAUGAAAUUAUUUAAAACGGAUCUCCUGCAGCUCACGGCAGAUGAAUUAAAUUAUUCAUUGUGUCUUUUUGUAAAAGAAGUUAGAAAACCAAACGGCACGGAAUAUGCUCCGGAUACGAUAUAUUAUCUUUGCUUAGGUAUACAACAGUAUUUGUUUGAGAAUAAUAGAAUAGACAAUAUUUUUACGGAUACAUAUUAUGAAAAAUUUACGGACUGUUUAAAUGAAGUUGCAAAGAAGUUUUCUGUUCUGUAUAAUGAUGCACAAUAUAUUGUAACGAGGGUUGAAGAGGAACAUUUAUGGGAAUGUAAACAAUUAGGUGCUCACUCACCACAUGUUCUCUUAAGCACUCUUAUGUUUUUUAAUACUAAGCACUUUAAUCUUGUGACAGUAGAAGAGCAUAUGCAGUUAUCGUUUUCUCAUAUUAUGAAACAUUGGAAACGUAAUCCUGCCGCACAACCUACUGCAGCAACGGGAAAAGUUCCAGGAUCGAGAAAUGUUCUCCUCCGUUUUUAUCCACCACAAUCUGCAUUGGAAGGCAAUUCGCGUAAAAAGAAAGUAUACGAGCAACAAGAAAACGAAGAAAAUCCAUUAAGGUGUCCUGUAAAAUUGUACGAAUUUUACUUAUCCAAGUGCCCAGAAAGCGUAAAAACUCGUAACGAUGUAUUCUAUUUAUUACCUGAAAGAAGCUGUGUACCAGACAGUCCAGUAUGGUACUCAACGUCUCCAUUGGCUAAAGAGCAUCUCAUAAAAAUGCUAUAUCGCAUUAAGAUGGUUAAAGAAAUUAAUGUGGCAUUAUUGACUAGUUAAUUUCGUGUUCGUAUAUUUAUCUCCCCUCUGUUAAUUCGGUUAAUGUAACGGAGAAAAAAGUAACCGUUUCCGCAUAAAACAAACAAGAAUGUUUGAAGAAUGAUGUAUAAUCAUUGAAAGUUUAUAAUUUCUAUUGUAUAUUUUUCACUUCCUAAUAAAACAAAAAAAUUUAUCAUCAAA